GCAAUAUAUUUUACAGUUCUAUAGGAAGAUCGUCGGGGAGGGCACUAUGUCUGUCAUAAAUUAUCCCGCACUAUUUCUGAUACUCUCUGCUUCACAUAUUAUCAUUUCUGUUUGCGAUGGAUCGCUUGCCUGUGCGCCAAAAAAGCUGCAAACAGAAGGAGCAGAGAUUCAAGUUGGAUGCAGUGUGAAUUGUGACAAUCGCCGAAUAACAUAUGGAAAUUCCGAAUGCACCACAAUGCCACCAAUGCGCUUCGAGAGGAUGCAGCUAGGCCUGAAGUACCUCUGCCAGACUGGUGUUUGUGUAGACGGUGCUUGUCAACUCGGCGCAGUUUCUGUUCAGUGUUGGAGACCGAAACUCGAAGACGAACAUCAUCGCUCACCGCGCUAAUGUUUGCGCGCUGGUGAAGACUAUGCGAAGUCUUUG